AUGGCACAUUUUCUCGAUCGAGUCCGAACAGUCCUUCGGAGAGGUAAAAGAGGGUCGAUGACCACUGGGCCUAAAGGUUCAGGCUGGAAGCGACUCCCGGCUCAUGCGUUUGUGACGAUCCUAGCAUCUUGUGAAUUGAAGGACAUCGGCUCUUUGUCUCUCUCUUGCCGAGCACUCCAUGACCGGGUUUCACAGCUAGAAUUCGCAAUAGCGUGGGCAUAUAUCCAACUCCGGAAGCGGAAGCAUCAGAAAGGUCAUUUUAUUGACGAAAGCCUGUCACCAGGUGAUGACAUCGCUUUUAUCUCUAAACUAUUCCCUCCCCCGCCGCCUGAGUACAGCACAGGUUUUGUCCAUGACAACGCAGGGUAUUCUCUGAGAUAUCUAGGCGAUUUAAGAAGAUGUUGGAAUACUUGUAUUCGAUUAUCUCAUCACCUAGCUGGACGUGUGGUUGCAUAUCAUCUGAAGACAGACAAAAUUGCCCAGCCUAUGUGGGCAUCGUCUAAGACCGAGAAAGAAGUCAUCUACAGCAGAGCCGUGGCUUCGCUCCAGUCCAAGCUUUUGUAUCCGAUCGCCUACGCAACAUUUUUCCUCGAAUCGUUGGCAUCUUCUGACUCUGACUCUGACUCUGAUGCGUUUGAACAUCAUCCCCAAAAUAUGGCUCUAUCUGUAAAAAGGCAGCAGUCAAUUCUUCAAAAGGCACCAUUCACCGACACUCAGAUCUUCCUAUCAACCCAUCACUGCAUGACUCUUUUAUUUUCGACCGUCCAACGCUUGAUGGGCCCGGAAAUUCCCCAUUCGUCAGCCGAAAGCUGGUUUAGUCUUCUUCUCACCACGUCAACUAUGGAGAGACUUGUCAGCUUUUUUGUUGCCAUAGCGAAAGACGACCAGAGACAACGGAAAGGCGAACAAAAUUCCACGUGGUCUCAUAGAAAGGAGUUCCUAUGGGCGAUGCGGCAGGAUCUGAACGAAUACAUAUUAUCUUUUAACCAGCAUGGCGAACAAAAAAUUGUGCCAAAUCUCAACCACAUAUGGUUCGAAGCGGCAUGCAAUGAGAUGGACCGACGAGGUGCUAUUCCACAUACUGUUGAAGAUACGGAAGUGCAUGUUCUUCACGGGUCUGUUGUUAGAUUGGAGUGUGAAUACUGUUAUCAUUGUUAUCAUGAAUGA